GAGGCGGGCGGGCAUCCCGCGCCCCCGCUGCCCCGGGCGGGGCGGGGCGGAGCGGCCUCACCUGCGGCGCGGGGGCCGAGCGGAGCGCGGGGCCGUUGUGGCGAUGCCGCUGGGACUGCGGGGCAGGAGGCAGCGCCGGGGCAAGGAGACCUCGCGGCUGGUGGAGAGCGAGGCGGCGGCCGCUGCCCCUCCGGCGGCUCCGGGCGCGGCGCGGCUGCAGUUCCACACGCAAUUGGCGCACGGCAGCGCCACGGGGCGCGUCGAGGGCUUCGGCAGCGCCCGGGAGCUCUACGCAAAGAUCGCACAGGCGUUCCGUAUCGACCCCGACGAGAUCAUGUUUUGCACUUUGAACACUCAUAAAGCUGAUAUGGACAAGCUCUUAGGUGCACAAAUUGGCCUUGAAGAUUUCAUAUUUGCUCACAUAAAAGGACAGCGAAAAGAAGUGGAAGUUCUUAAAACCGAUGAUGUGCUUGGGCUUACCAUUACAGACAAUGGCACCGGCUGCCCCUUUAUAAAGCGAAUAAAAGAAGGUAGCCUUAUGGACCAAACAAAAACAGUCUGUGUGGGUGAUCACAUAGAGACUAUAAAUGGAAAAAAUGUGUCAAAUUGUCGGCAUUAUGAAGUUGCCAAAAUGCUGAAAGAUCUGGAGAAAGGUCAGGUGUUUAAGCUGCAGCUGAUAGAGCCUCUGAAAGCAUUUGAAAAGCUGGAACCAAGGUCCAAGGGUGGAACUCUAACAACAGCUAAAGUCUCCAGAGGGAGAGAAACACUUAGGCUGAGAACCAAAGGCCCUGCUACUGUGGAGGAAAUGCCAACUGAAGUUGAAGAAAAAGCAAUUAAAAAAGUGGAUGAGCUGCUUGAAACAUACAUGGGAAUAAGAGAUAUUGAAUUAGCUGCAACAAUGGUGGAAGCUGGAAGAGACAAGAAAAACCCAGAUGAAUUUGCAGUGGCGUUGGAUGAAACUCUUGGAGACUUUGCAUUUCCAGAUGAGUUUGUCUUUGAUGUGUGGGGAGCAAUAGGUGAUGCUAAGCAAGGACGACUGGAAUGAAAACUGCAGUUUGUCAAUUCCUAUUUGAAAUUACAAAAUGAUUUUCAAAUAUGUACAUUGGAAUUGUAAUACUUCUAUUGAUAUGAAUCCAGGGUGCUCUUUAUAAGUAUUUUUAUCUAAAACUUUCUUUUGCAAAGAAAAGUUUGUAAUGGUAAUAUGAAGAUAGACCUAACGUUCUUACAACUGCACAUUUAAACCAAACAUUUAAUUUACAUAUGUAAAUCACUGUGAGGAACGUGUCAAGGAGACCUAUAUUUAUGCAGACAUUUUAUGAAAAUUGGGGUUUUCUAAUUGUACAUACACUUUGAUAUCAAUAGUCUGAAGACUGUUAGACAUAUGCAACAGAGAGUUUGGUUUAUUUUUUCUUCUUUAGGAGAUUUUAUAAACUUGUUGUAAAGCUACCCAGCUACACCCUUAAGUUCCUUGCUCUUGCCUUGUCCUUAUGUACUCAUGUACACUAGAGCUGGGAAAAAACCUAAAGCCUUGGGUUUUCUUACAGUUUGGCCAGAACACAAGUCUUUUCUGUAGGCAGAGUUGGGAAGAAGCUACCCUGUUUCUGAAGAACCUGAAUUCAGGGAAACAAAUAAUCCUCUGAAACACCACAACUAAGAUCUUUGAAUGAGAAGAGUCAUAAUACACACUAUCUGGUUGUUACUGAGAUGAGCAAUUAUAGCAGAAAUCCUUAAACCAGGAAGCUGCUGCUUUAUUCGAAUGCCAUAUUAUUGCAAUGGGAACUGCUUAGAAAGAAACAAAUGUUAAUUUUGAUUACUACUCCUAUAUUUGAAUGAUAUCUGUGUGCUGGCACUGGAGAUUAUAGUGUACGAAUAAGUGCUUAAUUGAUCUUAGCAUGCUCUAAAUUAUUGGCUGACAUCAUAUGGAGUUCCCUCUUUUCUGUUUGUUUUUUGUUUUUAAACGUGGCAACAUAGGGGAGACAUUGAAGGUGUUCAAACCUGAAAGAUAUUGUUAAGUCAGAGACAAUCACAGUGUGGAUGAAAAUGCGUGCCUAAAUCCUGAAAAAAUACAUUAAACAGAUUUUAGAUGUUAGGCUUUCCAAAUUAUAUUGUACAUAAACAUCUAUGCUGAUAAUAUUUGACUGUUAAAUCUCAGAUUAUUAAAAAUGUGCCUUCUAACACAUCUGCAUUCAUCCUCCUGUUCAAUCCAUGUUUAAUGAAGAGCAAUGCAAUAAGUUUGGAUUUUACUCAUAACUAGAUUCUUUGUCAGUUUUUACUAUGCUUGGUUUUAAUCAAGACACAUUUGCUCAUUUGUUUAGAAAAAGCUACUCUCAAGUGAUUAUUAAAGCCAAAUAACACAUCAUGAGUGUAGCUGAAAAUGAAAUUGAAUAAGAAUGUGGGGCCUGACCAGGGACAGUGUCAGACUUUUUAGUAUUUUUAUAUUUGUAUAAGCAUAUAAAAUGCUAGAUAUUAUGAAAGUUUUUUUGUAAAUCACUAGUUACUUUUCUGCUGAGGAAAAUGUCUUUCACUGACUUGCAGAGAUCUAUUUAAAGUAAAGACUAUGCCGAUAAUUUUACAUGUUCUAUGUCAAUGUUGUAUUUUUUGUUGUUGUCUAAAACCAUGACAUUUCAAAGUAUCAUUGAGAGAAUAGGUCCUCAUUCUGUUUACUCUGUUAUUUAGAAAAGCUCCUAAACUCCACCUCAGUCUCUUGCAUGUGUUAUAAUUAGUGAAUAGUUUUUCUAGUUAUGAAAGUCUUAAAAUAAUAUUCAGUGGUCUUUCAGUGGAGAUUAUCUCUGCUUUUAUAAAUGUUGUGAGUAUUUUGCUCUUGUGUCUCUGAUUUAAGGACAAGCUUUCACAUAAUAUAGAUUUUAAUUUUUUUUGGUGAAAUGGGUAGUACAGAGUAGUAUGGAGGUAAUAAAUUUUAUUGUGUUUAAGAAGUUCAAAGGUGUCAAAAUUUCUCUUAUUUGUAGUAGUGCCUCAUAUCACCCAUGUGGGAUGGAAUCUAUAUAUAUCUUCAAACAGGUAUGAUCAUUAUCGAUUUCUAUAUGUAGAAAUACAUAUAAAACCAAAAAAUUGGGCUAUUCUCAAGUUAUGAGAAGUACAAAUGUAUAGUUUGAAUUUUAGUAAAAUUUGAAAAUAAAAGAAAAUUUAUAAAGCGUUGGUUAAAUUUUAUACAUUCCAUUGCUCAGCUGAGGCUAUGAAGUUGUAUUGUAUUUGAGAGAAGAAUGUCGUUUUAGGACA